AUGUCCUCUCGUAAACGCAAAUACCGCGGACAACAUCCCAACCGCUCACGCGGGAAAUAUGAAGGCGAUGACGAACCGGAGGGCGAUCGGCAAGAACCGGAGCAGCACUGGCAGCACCCUACCCAGCAGGAGCAUGAAUAUGACCCUGCGCUUCACAUUGUGGCACAUGAAGCCGACAUCGAGCGCGGACCCGGAGCCGCUCGCGCAGCCGACGCUUUGGAGGCGAGGCUGGCACAUCUACCUGGCAGCAGACUCAUCAGACUCGGUUGGGAAUCACUCGAAGGAAAGGAUGUAUGGGUAGAUAGAUAUGAUGCGCGACUACUGUUAGACGGACCACCAGUUGCAAACGGAGCGGGGCAUGAUACAUCAAGUGAUAUUCGCUCUUCCUCUCCAGGAUGGUCAGACCUACCCUCAGACGCGGAAGACACGUUCUUCCUGGCUCCCGAAGAUAUCGAAGAUUACGAACGUGAUAAACGUCGACGUGCUAUCGAGCAGUUACGCGAGGAUCGCAUGCGAGCCCUUGCUGCCGACGAUGAGGAAGAGCCUGUUGAUGAGGAUCCUUGGGGAGGAAGCGACGAAGAGCCCGAUGAUGCUCAGCGUGCCAUCAUGCAACGCACAGCUGGUCAUCUCCUGGCCUCCCCCAACGCAGCACAGUUGGAAAUGCGUAUCCUUGCAAACCAUGGUUCUAAACGAGAGUUCUCAUUCCUUCGUGGCCGGUGGGCCCGAGCGUGGGCGACAGUCAAAGCACAAGUACGUGCGGAGAAGCAGGGUCCGCCCAAGAAAGUAGACGCUGGAUUGGGAGGCUUGACGGCGUAUGACUCUGGCUCUGAUGAUGGGUCCAAUGAAGAAGCAGAGGAAACCUCUGCGACCGUGCAGACUAGGACCGCACCAGAUGACCCUACCAGUGACACUCAUAUCCAUGAAACUCUGGUCCAUGACGAAGACGCCGCGAAGCAGGCUAGACGUGCGAGAGCGCGGGAGUGGGCUGAACGUCGCCGCGCGGAGAAAGGCGAUGGGAAGUUGGUGUGA